AUGGCAAGUUUAAGUGAGAUAUUGGUGUUAGUUGAGAAUAAAGGAGGAAAGGAGGAUAUUGAGAUAGAAUUAAACGCAAAUCUUCCAGAAGCUGAGUUAAAUAAGUUGAGGGAGCAAUUGUUCAUGAUUGGAUUUGAAUUACAAAGUCAAAAUUUUGGCGAAGAUAAAGGAAGUAGUGACUCUGACUGUAAGAAUAAUCAAGGUAGAAAACUGGUAUUGAAAAAACAAUCAUACAACGAAUUAGUUGUAAAGGAGGUAUCAAAUAUGUCAACUCAAAAUCAACAAGAAAUACCAAAUACUCAAACUCCGAAAUCAGCUUUGAAAAAUAAGAAGGAUAAUUUCAUUGAUAAAAGCCAGAAAUUGGAUGAAGAAUUGGCAGCAAUAAGAGCAGAAAAGGCAAAACAAUAUAAGGGUUCAACAAGUCAUUCGUCUAGAAACGCAAAUAAUACAUGUAAUAGCAACAAUAAUAAUAGGAAUUCUUCAGAUUCUCAAUCCUCAUUUAGAAGAUUUAUGAAUUUUGAUUGGUUUACCUCAAUGUUUUCAUCUAGAAGAAGAGGAACAUCUCAAAGAGAUAGAAUGUAUUUGGAUUCAAGCUAUUAUAGGUCUAAGAAUACAGGAUGCUGUGGUUCCAGUUGUGGAGGAUCUUAA